ANAUCUGUCUCCCUCAUUACAAACAAAAAGUUUGGCAUCAAUGAGUUUCAAUAAUUACAGUUUUCCUCACAUUUUGUUUGGGUGUUUACUACUAUCUUCUCUACUGUACACUGUAAACUCCAAUGCACUUGAAGUAGAGGAUGAAUCUCCAAUUUCCUAUGACUUGGGAGCUGAAAAUGGGCCACAAAACUGGGGCAAUUUGGGCCCGAAUUGGACUCUCUGUGCAACCGGACAAAGCCAGUCCCCAAUUAACAUUGUUGAUUACACAGUGCUUAAUCGGCCAACAUUUGGUGAUUUAAAAGUAGAAUGGACAGGUGAUGCUGGUGGGAUCUUCAUUAAGAGGAGUGAGUUUAAAUUACUACAAUGCCAUUGGCAUAUUCCUUCUGAGCACACAUUAAAUGGAGUUAGAUUCAAUAUGGAGCAGCAUAUUGUUCACAACAAUUCUGAAGGAGAUAUUGCUGUAAUUGGCAUCCUGUACAAGAUAGGAUGGCCUGAUUAUUUCCUCUCAAGGAUUACUCCAUAUCUUAAGUCGAUUAAUGGAGAAGGAACUAAUAUUGGGACAGUUGAUCCAAGGAAUAUAAAUUUUGCAGCCAAACCAGAAUAUUACAGAUAUAAUGGCUCCCUUACAACUCCUCCAUGCUCAGAAAAUAUCACUUGGACAAUAUUUAAAAUGGUAAGAACAGCCUCAGCACAACAAAUAAGGGCACUAAGAGAAGCAGUUAAUGAUGGAAAUACAGGAAAUGCUAGGACAAUUCAGGCAUUAAAUGGGAGACCUAUAUAUCUGUUGCAACCAAUACAUUUUCUCUGAAUUUUGCAGUAAUUAUAAUGGACAAAAUGUAUAUUUUUUUUAAAAAAGUGGC